CCAACUUCAUCCUCCCAAAACGGGUCUCUUUCAACGACCGAAGACUCAAACGUGGAGAACAAGAGAGAGAAAUUUUGGGGAGAGAAAGUAGAGAGAGAAAACUUGGAGAGAGAAAAUUUUGUUAGAGAAUGUAGAGAGAGAAACAAGAGAGAUCAGAACGGAGUUUUGCUGGCGAAGACUCUCCAACAGUCGGCAUUAAUGGUGGAAGAGCAAGGAUCGCGAGAACACAGCGAAGAUAGCGUGAAGCUGUUCGUAGGUCAAGUGCCAAAACACAUGACUGAAGAACAACUUCUCGCAAUGUUCAAAGAGUUCGCUCUCGUCGAUGAAGUCAACAUUAUCAAAGACAAGACUACCCGCGCUUCACGAGGGUGUUGUUUUCUCAUAUGUCCGUCAAGGCAAGAAGCAGACAAGACAGUGAAUGAAUGUCAUAAUAAGAGGACUCUUCCUGGGGCAUCUAGUCCGUUGCAAGUGAAGUAUGCAGAUGGCGAAGUGGAAAGGCUAGAGCACAAAGUUUUUGUUGGUAUGCUUCCAAAGAAUGUUUCCGAUGCUGAAGUAUCUGCGCUAUUUUCUCAAUAUGGAACUAUAACAGACUUGCAAAUUCUUAGAGGAUCUCAGCAAACAAGCAAAGGCUGUGCUUUUUUGAAGUAUGAGACAAAAGAACAAGCUCUUGCAGCUAUUGAAGCCCUUAGUGGGAAGCAUAAAAUGGAGGGUUCAAGUAUUCCUUUAGUUGUCAAAUGGGCAGAUACAGAAAAAGAAAGGCAAGCUCGGAAGGCUCAGAAAGCUCAAUCUCAGGCUUCUAAUGGGCCAAAUGUUGACUAUACACAACAUCCAUCUUUAGUUGGAGCCUUGCCAAUGGGUUAUAUUCCCCCAUAUAAUGGAUACGGUUAUCAGACUUCUGGAACUUAUGGACUCAUGCAGUAUCGCCUGCCGCAAUUGCAGAAUCAACCUGCUUUCCGUAAUAUAAUUCCACAGGUAAACCAAGGAAAUCUGUUGCAUGGAGUUGCACCUGAUCUUGUUCCUGGUAUGGCCCCAAGAAACUAUGCUACACCGCCUAUGACUUAUGCUGGCUCUGCUUAUCCAGUGACUGGGCUUCAGUAUUCUAUGGCAUACCCUGGGGGUAUGUUGAGUAACAGGCCUUUGAGUGGUUCCCCUGUUUCUGUUCAACCUGCAAGUAUAAACAGUCACUCUGCAGCAUCUUCAAGUGACGGUGGGAGUCCUGGGGGUCAAAUUGAAGGUCCAUCUGGUGCGAAUUUAUUUAUAUACCACAUUCCUCAAGACUUUGGUGAUCAAGAGCUUGCAAGCGCCUUUCAUGAAUUUGGUAGGGUCUUGAGUGCCAAGGUCUUCAUUGACAAAGCAACUGGUGUUAGCAAAUGCUUUGGAUUUGUCAGUUUUGACUCACCAGCCGCUGCUCAAUCUGCAAUUAAUAUGAUGAAUGGCCACCAGUUAGGGGGUAAGAAGUUGAAAGUUCAACUUAAAAGAGAGAACAAACAAAUCAAACCUUACUGAUUUGAAGUUAAGCAAUAACACGAAGCAGAAUUCUCUGCUACAUAUGGUCACAUGCAGCCCUGGAUUUGUGGGAGUCACUGCAGCAUCAGCUAUUGUUGGGUGGAUAAAUCAUAAAACAAUUAAUAAUUGUAUGUGCCACUCCAUCCUACUGGUAGCAUCAUGGGAUUGAAGUCCCUGAAACUUGUAAUUCUUGGUUAAGUAUGUGACAAUGUAAUUUAUAAUUUGUGUAACAUAGAACUUCAUUUGGACGUUGAUUAUUAAUUUAUUGAUUUUUCCCUCGAGAACAUCUGUUAAUGGUAUAUUUCUUUAAACAACUUUAUGAUAAACCAAUGUUUUUUGCUCUUAAA